UUAAGAAAUGAAUCAAAUUUCAAGAUUUUCUGUGUGCAGAUCAUUGUUAAAGAAACCCAUUUAUACAGAGAACAGUGUCAUCAAAACCCAUAUCUUCUUCUUCAUUAAUCUCCAAUAAUAAUCCAACUUCUUCUUCUUCUUCAAACCUAAUAACAGUACUUAUCUCAAAAUUUCAAUUAUCCUCCGGAAAUUCAGUGGAGAAGCAGCAGAAGACUGUCAAUUUAGCAUGAUUAUCUGAAAGAUGAAAUGUCUAAAGUUCAUGAUGCAGUACUCUACGCUUGGGAUAACAUAGAACGACGCACUCUACCUCCUCUUGAUGCUGCCAAGGUACCGGCCGAGACAUUUAAUGCCUUCAGGGGAAAAUUUGGUCUUGACAAUGGGGAUUUUCCGCAUUACCUGCAGAGAUUCGAAGAAGAGAUUGAUAUGUUAGAAGAAUCCGUUGAUGAAACUGUGGCUUAUGGGAAGGAUUGGUAUAAAGCUGUUGGUAGGUUCCAGGGAUGGAGUUCUGAAUCAGAAAAUGAAAGCGGCACUUUGCCAACUGAUCAGGAUCAGAUUGCUAUGCCUGUGGCUGAUGCUGCUUCUGAAGUUGUUGCUGGAAACCGGGCUGACAUUACCUAUCAGGCUAUGCCCUUCUUGAGUAAUCCGCAACAAACACAACCUCGUACCUUUCCAACCCAUGAUGCUACAAAUCCUUAUGUCAAGUUGGAUGCUGCUGGUGCUCAAACUCCUAAUGAUGGACUUCAACAUCUGCAGUUAUUAAACAGAUAA